CACCGUCACAGUUCCCUCCAUGGCUCCCAUUAUGUUCUCCGCACACAGUUAGCAUCCCUUGCACUUUGUUCUACUGUUAGCAUCCCUUUGCACUGGAAAUGCCAAUUGACACGAACCAGGAAAAGAUGAAUAUCAUGGAUAACCAGCAGGGGCUCGUCGUCGCCGGCGCCACGCUGCUGGUCGCCACCAUCGCCUUCAUCAAGAUCCUCCUGAGGUCUGGCUCCUCCGCCGGCAAGCGGCUGCCGCCGACUAUCCGAACUUCGCCGGUGGUCGGCGGGUUGAUCCGGUUCAUGCGCGGCCCCAUCCCAAUGAUCAGGGAGGAGUACACGCGCCUUGGCAGCGUGUUCACUGCCAGCAUCCUCGGCCGCAAGAUCACCUUCCUCGUCGGCCCCGAGGUGUCCGAGCACUUCUUCAAUGGCUACGAGUCCGAGCUGAGCCAGCGGGAGGUGUACCGGUUGACCGUGCCCAUCUUCGGCCCGGGGGUUGUGUAUGAUGUGGAUUACCCCGUGAGAAUGGAGCAGGUCCAGAUGUUCAACAGCGUGCUGCAUGGUAACAAGCUCCGCGGCUUCGUCGGCCAAAUGGUUUUAGAGGUUGAGGAGUACUUCUCAAAGUGGGGAGAGAGUGGCACAGUUGAUUUGAAGUCCGAGCUGGAGCAGCUCAUCAUACUGACUGCCAGCCGAUGCUUGCUGGGGAGGGAGGUGCGAGAGAAUCUCUUCGACGAUGUUGCUCCUCUUUUCCAUGAUCUUUGCACUGGAAUGCAGCCAAUCAGCUUCAUCUUCCCCUACCUCCCGAUCCCUGCGCAUCGGCGCCGUGACCGGGCACGCGCGCGUUUGGGGGAGAUCUUCUCCACCAUCAUCAAGUCCCGCAAGGCCUCUGGACGGUCCGAGGAGGAAGACAUGCUGCAGUUCCUAAUCGAUUCCAAGUACAAGGAUGGACGGAACACCACAGAAGAGGAGAUCACAGGGCUACUUAUCACUACAGUCUUUGGUGGAUUCCAGACCAGCUCUAUCGCCUCGACCUGGACCGGAGCCUACCUUCUUCAGUUGAAGCAGUUCUUCGCAACGGCUGUAGAGGAGCAGAUUCAGGUCAUGAAGCGGCAUGGAGACAGAACCGAUUACGACGUCGUGUCGGAGAUGCAUUUCCUGUACCGGUGCAUCAAGGAGGCUCUCCGGCUUCAGCCGCCGAUACCCAUGCUGCUCCGCCAGUCGCACUGCGACUUCACGGUGACCACCAAGGAGGGGAAGGAGUUCGACAUCCCCAAGGGCCACAUGGUCGCAUCACCUCUAGCAUUUGCCAACAGGCUCCCUCACAUCUACAGCAACCCUGACUCGUAUGACCCUGACCGGUUUGCGCCGGGAAGGGAGGAGGACAAGGCUGCAGGCGCCUUCUCGUACACGUCCUUCGGUGGCGGCAGGCACGGCUGCCAUGGUGAGGCCUUCGCCUUCCUGGAGAUCAAGACAAUUUGGAUGCACCUGUUGAGGAACUUUGAGCUGGAGCUGGUCUCGCCGUUCCCGGAGAAGGACGAGAGCACUGCGAUCGUUGGCAUCCAAGGUGCGGUGAUCGUCAAGUACAAGCGGCGCAAACUCGUCAUCAGUAGCUAAGACCAUACCUGCCCCCUGCAAAGUUUGCUAUUCUCAAUCUGUCGUCAGCCUCUGUGCAUCGUGUCUGUCUUGUUAAGACCCUUUAAUCUGUGUUCAUCGUUCUGUUCGAUGGCGUGAAACUGAAAGCCAAACAGAUGGUCAAUUGCAAUGCAAUGAA